ACGGUGGGUCGAAGUCAGGGCGAUCAAUGACCUUUCGAAGUGGGCCACAAAGGAGCCCGUUCUGGAACUUUUGCCUCGCGCCCGAGACCUUACCAUUGGGACGGAACCUGGACAUGAACCAGAGUACCCAGCUACCAACAGCGGCCCGUGAAACAACCGGCCUGGCUCUUGGGGCGCCUGUCAGCCAGCCACCGCCGCCACCCAUGUACUUGAGUGCUGCGUGCAACUUCACGACCUAGCAUUCCUCAAGGCAUCGCCGAGCAGUCUCCUAAUUCGGUUGGGGUUGACCAGCAGGAGAAAAUCCUGACUGUACAUGUCCUGGCCGCAAUCCUCCGGAGAUAGAGUAUGCGAUUCAUCCAUAUGACUGGUCCAUCUGGCUGUCUGUCAACCAUCCGCCGUCAUCCCGCCCCUGCUGGGUGAGCACUAUGGAUCAGACCAGGGGUACCCCUGCACCUCCGAGCGGCCCUUCUGCAGGGGCAACACCAACAUCUCGGCCUGCAUGGGCCUAACCACCUGGGCAUCUUGUUUUACCGCCGCCAACAAACAACACAACAAGAAUAAUCAUGUCUGCUUGUCUUGUUUUCUCCGUUGGCUGGUGUGGGGCCCGGGCCUUUUUUAUCGUUCCCUCCUUCUCGUGGCUGCCCACCCCUGCCGCAUGCAUCUGCGUCUAGGCGAGCCUUUGCGCUGCCGGCGAGCCCACCCUGGGAAUGUUGGAAUCAUCAACACCAAGGCCCCGCCGCCUUGGCCUAGCAUCCCCCUCUAUAUGACCCUCUUGUCCCUCUUCUCGGCACAUUUCCCCUUCCCGGGUUGUUCCUGUUUCUCUCUCCUGCCUUUCUUGCCCUGUUCCCUAUCCCGCCCUUCACUUGUGCCAGUCACUCCGUGGUUUUGUUCUUCUCCGGUUCACUCAUUGACCAGACCCACGUCACUCUCAUUUGCAAAGCUGCUGCGCACUUUUCAUUCUUUGACAAGCCAGUCAACUUGCCCCUCGACACUUGUGUCGGUCCCAUUCCUUGAAAACCCCAGCCGUUACUCUUCGUACGCCUGGUACCAUACAAACAACAUCCCAAGUGGAAAAUACAAACCCUCCCUUUGGCAAUACUAUCUAUCAUUCAGUCUGCUUGCCCCGGCUCAAGCAUCACCACUACAGAAACACAGUGGAAAGAAUCUUUCAUUUGGAAAUACAAACAUCCCAUUCUUUAGAGAAACCCUUAGGGAACCAACACCAAAAGACAUAUCAAUAUGAGGUGUUCAAGUGCUCUCCUGGCUGCACUUGCAGUCACCGUGCAGGCAGCAAAGGACGAGAGGACCUUCGCCGUGCUACGCUUCUACGGAGAUGGACCCCUUCUGGAGGACAUGGUCGACCCCAUCGUGUCGCCCGGCCAGCCGUCUUCCCAUAUGCACACCCUCAUGGGAGGAAGCAACAUCGGUGUCUCGGCCACUGGCGAGACCAUGAUGGAGUCCAACUGCAGCAACGCCCUCAUCGUUGGCGAUAACUCCGGGUACUGGGUGCCCAAGCUGUUCUUCCACGACAAGGCCGCCAACACCUUCGAGCCGGUCAACAUGUUCUACAUGAACGUCUACUACUUCUUCGAGCCCACCGACGACGAGGUCAAGGCCUUCCCUGUCGGCCUGCAGAUGGUUGCCGGCGACGCCUCCCUCCGCACCUGCCCGGACUUUGGCGGCGAGCUUCAGCUGGACGGCUCCAAGCCCGUGCAGCCCUCCAUGUGGACCUGCCCGCGGUCCGACUACAACGUGCCCGGCUGGCCCUCCGCCUCCGAGUCCGACGGCUCCAAGGCCGGCAUCGCGGACCCCAACGCCCAGGGCCAGGGCCAGGGCUUCCCCUUUGCCGAGUGCGACGGCUACGCCUCGCCCCUGCGCCAGGACGUGCACAUGCCCUCGUGCUACGACCCGUCAAAGGACCUGACCGACUACAAGAACAACAUGGUCUACCCCACCGUCAACAUGGCCACCGGCAAGCAGAACUGCCCCGAGGGCUUCGUGCAUGUGCCUCACCUCUUCUACGAGAUGUACUGGAACACCCCGCUCUUCAAGGACAGGUGGACCCCCGGCCAGGGGUCCCAGCCUUUCGUCCUCUCCAACGGUGACCUCACGGGCUGCUCCUCUCACGCAGACUUCCUCGCGGCCUGGGAGCCUGAGACCCUGCAGCAUAUCAUCGAUACCUGCGACGCCGGUGACCUGGGCAUGGACCAGUGCGCCGGCGUUACCGUCAGGGACAGGUCCGGAAGCUGCGACGCUGCCGCCCCGCCGGCUCAGGCCAAGAUCGCCAGUACCAGCAUGAAGGCCCUGCCAGGUAACAACCCUCUUGCCGGAUGGGGAGUGGGAAGCUCGGCCAACGUGCCGUCGACUGGCUCCGGGUCCAGCUCAGGCUCCGGAUCAGGAUCAGGCUCAGGAUCAGGCUCCUCUGGAAGUGACAACAGCGCCCCGAAGCCCGCCUCCUCGUCUGCCUCCUCCUCAGCCCCCAUCGCCGUCGCCACCGACAACACCGAGCCCGAGGAAGUCCCCGAAAACAACAAAAACACCGCCCCAGAGAAGGAGAACAACCCAGCCCCACCGCCAGCGGCCCAGGUGACCCCGCCGCCCUCGCCGCCCGUCGUGGACGACGAUGCCGCCAUCCUUCCUGCGCCAGUCACGUCCUCCGUCGUUACGCUGCCCAACGGCGAUGUCUCGACCAUCUGGGAGACGCUGUGGGUCACCGUCACCCAGACGGUGUACGAGGGGGCCGAGGAGACGGACGCGCCGUACAAGAGGGAUGUUGGCCACGCGCAUGGGCACGCUCACGCUCGCGAGCACAUGCUUCGGCACCGCUCGCCUCACGCAAGGCGGCUCAGGCGAUAGGUGGGAUUCGGGCCAUCAACUUGAUUCAAUCCAUUCUUCAGACUUUGUGCGCAUGAUUUUUCACUUCUCUUAGGGGGGCGUGCAUGAACGCAGGCCCCCCCUUCCCAUUAGACGAUUAGGGUGGAUCUUUCUUUCAUUUCUUGUUAGCGAUCGGCAACUUAGGGUGGGACUGGUUAGCUAGGUAUAUCAACUUGGCUGGAAUAGAGAACGGAGUUUUGACAGACAGGGCUCCAGGUUGGCGGGGAAAAGUGAAGCGAUGCUUUGGAGAUCUGAACACCUGGGAAAGGUGAAGGGGAAGAAGUGGGGACAUUUUCACCUGAUGACUUAUGACGGAUGCUUUUGUCCUUGCCUUGAGUGUCACUUACCAUUGUGUAUAUGUACCCAGGUAUAUCCACUACAAUACAAACAGAUAUACUGCC